AUGAUAUUCUGUUCAAAGUUUCUAGACAGUCUGCUUUUUGGAACAGCAAUAUACUUUUUGUGCAUUGCACCAUAUACCAAAGUUGAAGAGUCAUUUAACCUCCAGGCCAUUCAUGACAUAAUUUUCAAUGGGGUUGAUGAUCUAUCUAAUUAUGAUCAUAAAGAGUUCCCUGGUGUUGUGAAAAGAACCUUUAUUGGUGCUUUAUUAAUUGCAAUUCCACUUAGUAUCCUACCUGAAUCACUGAUAAUGAGACUCAAGCCUAGCCCUAUACAACGACAAAUAGAAUUCAGGUCAUUAAUCGUGGUAGCAUCACUUGGAGGAAUUGUCGGAUGCUUAAUCAGUUAUAAAACAGAUAGCUUUUUUUGGGGAGAGCCUUCACUUCCUGAGCUUGAAUCAUUUUUCUUCAAUUUGGUCCAGGGGCAAUCAAAAAAAUGGGGUACGGAACCUUUUCACGCAUAUUUUACCAAAUAUCUCCCACGAACGUUUAUGAUUCCGGUGGUUCCAAUAUUUUGCUUGUCGAGUCUAAAGUCAGAUCUAGUGAAUUAUCAUGUGAGCACAAUUAAAACUGUGGUAAUUUCUUCGUUCGUCUUCAUUGGUGUUAUGUCGUUGCAGCCUCAUAAAGAAUGGAGAUUUAUCAUAUAUGCAGUUCCUGCAUUGACCAUGUCAGCUGCAACCGGCAUAGCAAAUUUGACCGAACAUAGGUAUAAAGGUUAUACGCUUAAAAUUGUAUUGGCACUGCUUUGCCUUGGAAACUACAUGCUUUCAUUAUUUUCAGCAUAUGCUUCGAGCUUUAACUAUCCUGGAGGAGAAGCUCUUACACGACUUAAUAUUCGUCUCGGACAUCAAUUUUCAGAAGGAAUGCUCUAUCCGAUUGUUAUUCAUUCGGAUAUCGCAUCCUGCAUGAGCGGUAUUACUCUUUUCAACAAACUUAGAAAUGAAGAUGGAAAGCUUGACAUCACCUACGACAAGACAGAAAAUAUUACCGAAUUAAAAUCAAAAUGGGAUAGCUUCAAUUAUUUGGUUACUUAUGCAGACAUUGAUGAUAGUGUCAAUAACAAGAAAGUCUUUCCUGCGAAGGACGGGUGCACGUGGAUCAAGAUUGAUUCAGUCGAUUCCCUAGUUGGAGUUAAUCGUGUGGGUGCAAUAAGCUUUCUUUCGAAUCCACAGAAAGCAACCCUGACAAUUUAUGUAAUUAUCAGGAAGUUGGAUAUUUCGUACUUUCGGUCUUUGUUAAGAAGUUUUGUGCAUAUCGAACCCCAGGUGUUUGUAUAUGAAAAGUAUUGCCCUUCAUUUAAGUGA